AUGACCACCUCGUCAUCAUCUUCAUCAUCCUCAUCCUCAUCAGCUUCAUCGUCGUCAGCCGCAUCGUCAUCGGUGGCAGCGGCGGCGUCGGUGGCGUCGGAUCUCGCAGCGAGUUCAACAACAACGACGACGACGUCGGCUCCAGAUUUUGGCGCAGAUCCGAGUGCGGCGCUGGCUGCGGCCGCAGCAUUCAGCAGCGCCGGAUACUACGACACGUCGAGUCCGUCGCAGAUCGCUUCCUACUUCGCCGCGCAUCAUAAUCCCGGCGGCUAUCCGGGCGUGCCGGGCAUUCCCGAUCAGAGUAUGUGCUACGGUCAAGAAUGGGCCGACGAUGAGAAGGACGAGAAGAAGGACGAGGAUCUCGACAAGAAUUCCAAUGCGGCCGUCUAUCCAUGGAUGACGCGAGUGCAUUCAACAACAGUCGGCCCUCGCGGCGAAAAACGACAAAGAACGGCGUACACGCGGAAUCAGGUGCUCGAGCUCGAAAAGGAAUUUCACACUCACAAGUACUUAACAAGGAAAAGGCGCAUUGAAGUCGCACACAGUCUGAUGCUCACCGAGAGACAGGUCAAAAUUUGGUUCCAAAAUCGCCGAAUGAAGCACAAAAAAGAGAAUAAGGAUAAACCAAUGACUCCUCCAAUGAUGACAUUCGGAAGCAAUAUUCCAUUCGCUCCAUUCCGUUUUCCAUUGUUCAAUCAAUUCUAG